GAUCGCGCCGUAAUUCUGCUCGAAGUUGACUGGAGAGCGUAAGUCGCGAUUUUUUUUGUUCGUUCAAGUGCGAGAGAGAGAGAGAAACCUUAGUCAUUGCUUUGUUAUUUGUUUGUUCGUUCGCUUUUUCUACGCAGAGUUUACCAGCAGCGACCACAAAACUGCUGGAUCUCGCCGGUGGAGCGAGACCCACGGUCAGUGUUGUUUUGGUGGUUGUUGAGUUCGAAAGCUCUUGAGCGAUACAUCUACUACUCGACGUUCGUAGGUCGAUCGGCGCGCGGUUAUUCUGAUCAUCUCUCGUUCGGACACGCGAAUUUGACGAGUGUUAUGUUUUUGUUUGUGUUUGGCAACGGUGACGGUGUGCCGUGUUCUGGUGUCCCACUGGCACUUCCUACACUAGCCAGUAGCGUUUUGAUCGAGAACGGAUUGAUAAUCUGCAGUGUGUGAUUCGAAGAAGGUAACGAUCGGAAUCGGAAGAUCUGCAACAGCUGUGCCACAGCAGUGUAAACGCUUCACCUACGGUGAAACGCUGCUAUGCCUUCGGUUGUGAUGAAAGAGUUAUUAAAAAUAUCGUACAAGUGCGUUUUGAAGCAAUAAUUGCGGAUAAAAGUCGAUUGAUUUGCUUUGGAAUUUGCCGCUUUUUGGAUUGCGAAUCGUUGGAAGUGUUCGGUGUGUGAUUGAAAGGAAAAAAGUGCUAGCAACCAAAUUGGUCCUCCAUUCAAAUUUACAGUUGCCAUGAAUAAUUAAAUAAUUAUCUUGACGCCACUAAACCGGAUUUUUAACCACAAGCUAGCAGCUUAUCGCAAACGAAUAUCAGAGCGGAGUAAAGUUUAGCAACUUUUGAGACUGCAAGGACUUGGUAUGAGCGGAAAACGGGUGUAAUUACGUGAUCGUAGACAAGUGAAAAGUGGCCUUCGCAAAUCCGGCGAUCGUACGAUCGUGUUCAAGAUUCAAAAUUAAUUCCAGCUCGAUGUGAACUCAGUGUCUGCAUAUGUUUACUAACAAAUCAUCCAGUGCGAUAUGUAUAGUAAACCAUGUAUGUGUGUAAAUAUUGAUUCUCACUUAGGAUAACAAAGCCGAACGAGAUUCGUUUCACGUGUCACGCGGUGCGAGGGUGUGAACUUGUUUUUACGAAAUCUGUGCAAACCUUGAUGAGUAAUCAAUUGUGCGGGCGUAAACUGCCACGUGCGAAAGUACGGCAGCCUUGGUGAGGCUGGUGGUAAACGAGUGUCCAGCAGUAAUGGUUACAACAAUCAAGAUCACUUGCGACGGAGUGUUUAUCCAGUCCAAUUCCUUCCUUGCGAACGGUCACCACCAUCACCACCAUAUCCGGCAGCAGUCGGCUCCGGUGGUUGUUCAAGGAGGAUCACGAUCAAUCGAUCAGGACCAGUCUGGGCACAGCAGUAGCAGUCCGGGUAGUAGCAGCAGUGACAAAGAGGAAUCUCAAAUGCAUAGGUUUAACCAUAACGGACUCGGAGUGGAUCGGGACGAUAACAAUAAUCGGGAUCUCGAUCUUCGCGGUAAACCUUCACUGGAUCGCAGUGCCAGUAGUAAUAACAACUUUCAGAAAAACGCUCGACGUCGCUAUCAAUCGGAAGAAGUUUUAUCGCGGUAUCAUAGAAUUGACGAAAACUCAGACGGUUCCGAUACCGUGGAUGCUGCCGGUCCAAAUUAUUACAACAGCGGCCCUGUUUCGGAUGAUCAGUUUACGAUCUCAUUCCUCAAUACCCGCGGACAAAACGGAAAAAGCCUCCUUAACCAAAAAUUCAUCGUUUACAACAGCAAAAAACCAAAGUCCUCAACUUUAAUUCAGAAUGGCAUACACCCAAGCCAGUACCGCCAGUUUCUGAGCGGUCGCCUAAAGCCGGCAUUUUCCACGUCCGUUCUUACGUCCCCUUCGCUGAUAGCCGGUACCUCGGGCGGACGCCUAUCAGCUGCUACGCCGCCACCUAAUCACGAGCUAGCGGGGGUAAAGUCUCCGUCGUACCUGCGGACAGUUUCGCCGGGCCCUUCCAGCUCGGUAUCAUCGUUGUCACCUUCCAGUAGCGGAUUUGCUUCUACAUCGCCAACACUGGUGGCGACAGUCGGAACCAUCGGUUCGUCUGCAGCGAAUACUGAUGUCGAUGUGAGAAACGAGUCGCGCGUUGACCGCAGAGGCUACGGAAACCAUCAACAACAACAACAACAGCAGCAGCAACAGCAACUUCACAGCACAUUGUCGCGUCGAAAUUCCACCGGAAGCAGUGUGCUGAACGGCGGAAUGAACAGCCAUACGGCGGCUAUCAAUCUGCAAUCGUCCGGUCAAACAGCUGUGGUCACCCAUCAUCGGGGCUUCUCAUCUACCGUGGUAGCAGCAGCCAAUUCGGCCGCCUCGGGCGAUUGUCCAUGGUUCAUGCCGCAUCAAAUGCCCCCGACAGCACCGGCGCGGCAGCACAAACGUCCCGCGCCCCAGCCCGGUACUGGCGGUGUACCGGCAGGUGGCGUUGGCGGCGUAGGACUAAUGCAGCCUCCACAGUUCAUUAAUCCUCCACCAGCACCGCAGCAGCAGCAGCAGAACCAACAACAAUCGCAACAUUCGCCACAACAGCACCAGCAGAUGGCACCACCGCAAUUACCUCCACACAGCGUUACUAGUAAUCAAAAUCACAGUUCCAUCCAUCUGCAGCAACAGCAACAAGUGCAGCAUCACCAGCAGCCUCCGCCAUUGCAUGCCGGUUCAAUGGUUCCACCGGCACACCACAUACCAAAAUCCCCCAACCAGCACAACAUGCUAGGACCAUCAAGCUUACAGCAACAACAGCAGCAGCAGCAGGGUCAACAGCUUCACCAGCAGCCAGUUCAGCAUAAUGCCAUCGGUAGCCACCAAUCGAAUCUCAUGUCUGCCUCCAUGAACAGUGCACAGCUGCAGAACCACAUCCUGUCCAGUCAGCCUUCGCCGGCUUCGCUAUCCGCCAUACCAUCACAUUCGGUCCAACAGCAGACACAACCCCAGCCACCCCCAACUUCGCACGGUAUGUCUAACUCGAUGCACGCGCAAAUCGGUCUGCCACCACCCCCGGCCGGAGGAGGAUUUGAUAGCAACGGAGUUCAGAACAGUUGGAACAGUGCCGGACCAGGGAUGGGCUCGCUGUCGCCCACUGCUGCCGCUUCGGCUCAACGGAGGGCUGAAGUGAACGCUAAGCUGAACGCAAUGCCAUGGUUUCACGGUCGGAUAAAGCGCGAAGAGGCGGAAAACUUGCUGAAGCCCCGUGAGGACGGUCUCUUCCUGGUGCGGGAGUCCACCAAUUUCCCGGGCGACUACACGCUGUGUGUGUGCUUCAACGAGAAGGUCGAACACUAUCGAAUAAAGUACGCCGAGAACAAGCUGACGAUCGACGACGACGAGUACUUCGAUAAUCUGGGCCAGCUUGUGGAGCACUACACCCUGGAUUCGGACGGAUUGUGCACGAAACUGAUGAAGGCACUGCCGAAGGAGGAGUUCUGCGUGAAGGAUUUCCAGGACAAUGGUUGGGAAAUCAAGAUGGAAGACCUACAGCUGAAGGAGAACAUUGGCAAGGGCGAGUUUGGCGAUGUCAUGCUCGGGAUAUUGAAGGGUGAAAAGGUGGCGGUGAAAGUGUUGAAAGAUGCCGGCCGGGCAUCCAAUAAGUUCCUUGCCGAAGCCGGUGUGAUGACUACCCUUCAGCACGAAAACCUGGUGAAAUUCAUCGGACUGGUGUUUCACGACAAGUACAUCUAUCUUGUGACGGAGUUUAUGAGUAAAGGAUCGCUGGUGGAUUAUCUGCGGUCACGGGGACGGCAGCACAUAACGCGAAAAGAUCAGAUCAAUUUUGCAUUUGACACUUGUUCCGGCAUGGAGUAUCUCGAGACCAAGAAAGUUAUUCAUCGCGAUUUAGCUGCCCGGAAUGUGCUUAUUUCGGAGGAGUGCGUUGCCAAGGUGUCCGACUUUGGCCUGGCGCGCGAUGAACGAUACACGGCCGACAUCAGUAAGCUUCCGAUCAAGUGGACCGCACCGGAAGCACUGAAAGAGGGGAAAUUCUCUAAUAAAACAGACAUGUGGAGCUUCGGCAUACUGCUGUGGGAGAUCUACUCUUUCGGACGGGUUCCCUAUCCAAGAAUUCCUCUGGCCGAUGUGGUGAAGCACGUAGGCAGUGGCUACAAGAUGGAAGCUCCCGAGGGUUGCCCUCCGGAGAUUUACGAAAUGAUGCGACAGGCGUGGGAUUUGGUCCCGGAGAAACGGCCCACCUUUGCCGAGCUGAAACGGCGGCUGGCGGUGUGCAAGCGGGAAACGGCAAACACUUAUGUGACGUAGAGCGGCGGCAGCUCUGAGCAACAGAACAGAACAGAACGACUAGAACAGCAGCAAUCAGCAGUACGUAUUCAAUCAGUUCAGGGUCAGAGAGCGGUUUGAUUUUCGCCCCGAAAUUCGCCAUUCGAGAGUUUAGCAGAAGUUCUCCGGCGACGUCGGAGAAGUAGAGACACAACAAACGGGAUUGUUUGCAUUUUUUUGGUUACUUUUUUUUGCGAAAAAGUAUUUUUUGAUAGAAGAUUCGUUAUAAACUCCCCUCCGGGUUGCGGCGAUGGUGGCGCUUCUCAUGAAGCAGUGGGAGUGAAUUGUACAGAAAGUGUUUUUUUGUUCGUUUGUCCGCACUGCAAUUUCGGUACGUCCAUAUUUUUGUUUUUAUUUUAAAAAAUACCUGUUAUCACAUAUUUUGUUAGGGAAAGUGUGUGUGUGUGUGUGUGUAGAAAGCUGAUUAGUUUAAAGUGUAAAUAGAGAGGAUAUCGUAUCAGUUUGCUAGUUUGGAAAAGCAUAGGAGAAUGAAAAGAAAUCUAUCUGUGAAGAUACACAGUUUACGGAAGAAUUAAAUUACAAUGUUUCCUUAUUUUGCGUAAGUGCUACUUCGAAGAACGAAUGAACUUUACUUACCAACAAUUUUUCAUACAUUUUACGAAUAUUAGUCCUUCUACGGUGAAACAUAAGAUAAGGUAGAGCACUUUGUUUGUUUAUUUUCAGUACUACUAUUUAUUUAAGGAGCUCCUUAUUUAUUUUACAAAGCUAGCAAUUCACACGGAAGGAUUUAUUAUCACAUAUUUGCCGCUUUCCGGUCCUAAUUUUUAUAAUUAUUGGAAGAGUUAUUUUCAACUUCCUCGCGCAGUUCAAAUGAAAGCACAAAUAAUUUCAAAUCAUUUGGUUUGUCAAUAUAAGAUGGAACUGUACUUUUUAGACAAUCACCUAACAAGAGAAAAUACACAUUUUUGAAGAGUUUAUUAUGGACAAUUAAAUAGUUACAGUUGAAAAAAAAAUUAAACCGGGUUAAGAAUUCAUUUUGUGGAAUUGGAUAAAGUAAUUAAGAUCGGGAAAACAAUGAAAGUGAAAGUAAAUUACAGUUGAAAGCGAAGAUACGUUUCCCAGAGUAUUAGUAUCAAAAUUCUAUUUGAUUUGUGUGCGUGUAUCUUGAAAAUUCUCUAAUUCUCCUUUUUUACACUCAUCUGAACUGGUCAGCACAGAAUGUAAAAUUUAAACAUUUUUUCUGUUUAAUUUGGAUGAUGCUUUUCGGGAUAUUAAUAAUUUUUCUGUGAAAACAUUUUCUUUGCAUUUGGUUCCUAAUCGUAAAAAAAACUAAAGCAUCAACAAACAUUUUUAGUCUCUGCAAAUCUUCAUACAAAACUCUGUAGGAAUCAAUAAUGAGGGACACCAUUUAGUGCUGGCCAUGCCGCUUACACCGGAAACUGCGCAAUUCUCUCGCACAAUAUAUUGUAGCACACUAGCACCGGCACAAUUCCACUUACUUGUUCUUUUCGAUGCGAAUCAGCAAAUUGAAUUGCAGCGGCGUGUGUUAUAAUGUAUGCAACUAACAAACAAAUAUACAAGUAAAAAAAAGUAAUCUGAAGCAUAACUAAGGAGAAUAAAAUAACAACACAAUAAUUAACGAUAUGAUAUUCAUAUUUGUAAUUUAUUAUUACUACUAUUAUUAUAUCACUGCAAAGGAAGAACAUUAAAGCGAUAAAUAGGCAGAAAGAAAGAAAAAAAAGUUAUCUAAGGUUUUAGUAAACCGACACUGUAAGCAUUAAUUAACGUAUUACUGUAGUGUGUAAAAAGGUCAGAUAAAAAGUUGGAAGAUAUACAUAUAUAGGGGGUCAAACAUGGCAAACCCAAGAAUGAUGUGCAGCUAUCGGUAACCCCGCAGGAGGAAACACUGUUCAAGAAUAUAAGUUGUAUAGAAGAAAUGAUUUCGUGAUCAUUUUCAUAAGGUACGUAUGGCUGUUGUUCUGAUACAAGUAUGUAUGUGUAUGUGUGCAAUGCGUUAAAUUGGAUGUACAGUAUUUUGUUUGUGAAAACGGGAUUGGGGGCUCAGAGCGAGUAAGAAUUUUAUAGCUGGAAUUUUAAUGUUUUUAAGAAAAUGUGAAACGAAAUUUGUUUUUAACGAUUGAUUUCCCUAAUGAAACUAUUCCAUUAUUACCAACAGCAAGAGAGAGAAGAAUGUUAACUUUACUCAUACCCGAAUAGAACAGCCGGUUUCUGAAUGUUUUCUCCUUUCGGCUAUACGUUCGAUACUUUCCAUAUUUGUUGUUUUCUUUUUUGUUUAGAGAUUAUUAUUGUUUUUAAUAUAUUCAGUUCGAUAGAUAUCGAAGGCAAGUAAAGCACGCGAGUAGCGAGACAGCAUGCUAAUUUGUACAUACAUAUUCAAAAUUCUAUCGGAAAACAAGUGAAAUUAACUAACGAAAACGCUAACAUUCUACUCGAAUAGCAAGCGAAGAAGAAAAAAAAAUGUUAGAAAACGGUACUUAACUUUGGCUUUGAAAAAUCAGAUAUACAAUAUAUAGCAAGAGAAAAAAAUCUACAAAAUCAAAAGGACAAGUUAAAAAACUAUCGCAACCACUCUCUUUCUCUCACACUUGUUACCAAUCCCCCGCUUAAAAAAUUCAACUCCAAAUCAAACACUCAUAGAAACCGAAAAAAUCUAGUAGUGAAGCUUGCAUUUUUUUGCCAUUUCAUACAAUUCAGUGAUGCCAAAAUGAGAAAACAAGUCAACACAAAUGAAAAUAGAUGAAGGAAGAAGUUUAGCUUUAGUCAUUUUUUAAUUGAAUUAGUGAUGCUACUCUCGUCUCAAUUAAAGCAAACGAAAAUAUCACUAGGGUUAUAACUGGUAUUAGCAAGCAAAGAAGAAAAAGUCCACAAUGGAAUAAUAUGGGGAAAUGAGCUCACACACUAGUUAAUCGAGCCUGUUUUUAAAGUUUGAAUCGCGUUCACAUCUCAGCAGCCAUUAGCAAAAUAAUACAUCUGGAAGAAAAACAAGAAAUAUCACUAAUACAUACAUAUAUACAGCUAUAUUAUAGAAGAGAGAAGAAAUUAAAGCAAACAAACCGGACAAUUUACCAAGAGCUCAAAAAAAAAGUUUAAACAAAACUAUCAAGUAGCACAGCAGCUGAAGAAGUUGGCAAGAUGAGCAUGCAUGUUAAUGGUUAUUUAAACGGAUUUUCCCUUGUUUUUACCCCCCCUCCUCUUCGACCCGCAUUGCUACUUACAUAGGCUGAGCAAUGAUAAACACUAGCUUAACCCGUUCAGAAUGAAGCAGGUGAAGAAAGGAGAAUCCCAGGUCACUUGCGCUGUUUUUGGGUGUUGUGUAACCAUUAAAACAGGGGACAGGCAAAUCGACAGCUGAACAGCAGCAUUUACACAAAAACGAUGAAAAGGAAAUUCGAUGCAAACAAAAAAGCCAGCAAGCAAGCAUAAGCAGAAAUCUUACUAUGGAACACAUACACACAAGUAAUUAAAAUGAAGGAAUACAAAUUUCAAAGGAAUAUCUGUAGUGUUUUUAAAAA